GUCGCUUUUAAUAGUGAAAAAUUCUUGCUUCUGUUUUGAUUGCUGCUCACUGCAAUUUCUGUCAUAGCCAUGCCCAAACUCUGAGGACUAUCUACACCGUGCCACUCUCAUCUUAGCCUCCGUCGAUCCCCAACUCCACUUAUUCUCCGUAGUCGAUUGAAUCGCAGAUAGAAAAGGGAGUUGUGGUAAAGGGGUUCGGACAACUUGAAAGUAUUUCAGAUGGAAGCUGGUCAGAUUGAUGUUGAUGGUAGCGUUGGAAUUAUGACUGGGACAACUUGCAACCCUCCAACCCCUCCAGCUCAGGAGGAAAUUGACUCCACCCGAGCAUCGUCUGCAAAGAUGAAGGUGAAGGGCACCAAUCAGGAAUCACAAGAGAAAGAUAAACCUCCAAGUGUCGCAAACUGUUAUGUCUUUAAGAGUCAACUGCAAGAAUAUUGUCAGAAAACAGGAUUAACUACUCCAGUUUAUGAAACUAUCAAGGAAGGCCCUUCUCACGAGCCUUAUUUUAGAUCAACUGUUGUCUUGAACAAUGUCAGAUAUGAUUCUCUGCCUGGCUUUUUCAAUCGGAAGGCAGCAGAGCAAUCGGCUGCUGAAGUUGCUCUCAUAGAGCUCGCCAAAUCCAACAAUAUGAAUUGUGGGAUCUCCCAACCUGUGCAUGAGACGGGCUUGUGCAAGAACUUGCUGCAGGAAUAUGCUCAAAAGAUGAACUAUGCUAUUCCUCUGUACGAAUGCCGUAAGGAAGAGAAAGAAGGCAAAAUGCCCAUGUAUUCCUGCGUUGUUGAAAUUGGGAGUAUCAAGUAUAUUGGAGCUUCAGCAGGCACAAAGAAAGAAGCUGAAAGAAAAGCUGCUAGGACGGCCUUGCUAGCCAUUCAGACUGCUGUGCCCAUAUCCGAAGAUCACACAGACAACUCCAUUUACACCGUUAUUCCACAGAAGAAGAAGGCAUCCGAUCUUGCCAUCAGCAGUCAGGAGACUAAAGCAUCCCUGAAGUCAAAGAAAGGUCGGUUCAAGAAGCAGUAUCGAAAGAGGAGGCGGCCUGCAAAGAGAGACGACUCUGCUGGAGGUACACCUCAUUUGGAGGUCGAUGCAGAUACCCAGGCUGGAACCGGGUUGAUUGCCACAGACGCUGUGAGCUCCGAGCCUAAUGCGGCUGUUGGUGUUGGGGUUGAUACAGUUGGACACAGAGGAUUGCAAGUGGAUGCAGCUGAUACUGUCGACUCCCAAGGCAAGACAAAUGGUGGUUUGGAUAUCCAUGAGGACAACCAAAGACAAGAGCCGCUUGUAGCCCUUGUAGUCAGCUCCCACGGAGAUUCUGGAACGAAUACUUGCAGUACACACGACGAACAUCCGGAAAAUGCUGGAGUUCCAAUAAUGGAUGCUAAUUGAUAAAGAGAGCUUCUAACCUAUGAUCGGGAUCGCCCCCGUUGAUGAUAGAUUUUCAUAUUUGUCAAUUAGGAAACUCACUAAUUUUGUGGGAUAUGGCCAUGAAACUUUGUAUUAAAAUCUACUAGGCCAUGAAUUGAUCUUUAACUUAAUCAUGGCAUGGCAGCCUGUGUUUAUGUUUCUGGUUGAUAUCUCUUUAGAAAUUGUAACAAAUUAAACGAGGUUUUAUCAUGUGAUUUUGCAUCAAACAGGCUCUGCAAUUUCAGUGACA